UAUUGAAGGAUUCCGGUUAUUAUGAAGCAGUUGACUGUUUCCUGCAUGUGAAAAUGGACAACUCAACAGAUUCUGAGGAGCAACUCAGGGAAGCAGCAUGUAUAGGUGAUUUAGAGUCAGUCAAGACUUUAAUCGAAUCAUCAGGGGUGGACAUCAAUAGCCGAAAUAAAGUUAAUGGAUGGACAUCUCUACAUUGGGCAGCCAAGAGAAAUCACAGUGGUAUAGUCUCAUAUUUACUUCUACAUGGAGCUGAUAAGUAUAUAAAAACCAACAAUGGGGAGACAGCUAGUGAGCUUACCACUUUCUCCGACAUCAAGAACAUGCUUGGAGGCACCAAUAUGGAGACUAAACAGAAAGAUCUUCCAAUAACCCCAAAUUACUUAGCAAACCCUCCCUUUCCCUAUACACAGCCUGUUGUCCAAAACUCAACUGACCCCAGGAGGGAGAACCUCAGCAGAGAAAAUCCUGGAAGGCAGCAAGAACAAAACUCAGCUUCCAACAAUGAGCUUGUGAUCAAAGUGCGUGUGGCCAACAGUGAGGAGAGGGAUUUUAUUGAGGUGGAGCUGGACAGACACUGCCUCUCAUUUGAUCGACUUCUAGCUGUCUGUUGUCAGGAGCUAGGGGUGCAGAAAGGACUAGUGUUCAAAGUCAGAAAACUACCUAACACAAUUGUACGCAAGGAUAAAGAUGUUGGUCGCCUAACCGACUUUCAAGAACUUGAGAUUGUAUUAAAAAAUAAUUCAGAAACAUCUAGACCAAUGCAAUAUGGAAUUUCAAUGUCUCAGAGGAUUCUAUAUUAGAUUUGAAAUUCAAACUCAACUUAGUAACUCAACUGUCCCAAUGAUAUGAAAUGUCCAUCAUUGAAAGUCACUAGUUGUCUGCUCUAGUAGCACAGGAGUUGGCUUGAGAUGAUGAAAAAUGUCCAAAUUACAUACAGCAUUCACCAAAUGCCAGUUUUUGUCUAUUUAUUUCCCACAACAUCUUAGUCAACAAAAGCCAUAUUAAUUAUUAAACUUAUAGAAAUCCUUUUACAUUGCAUCUUCUUUAUUGUGUUGUAAAUGUUGUGUAUAUGCAAGCAGCAAUCUAUCAAGAGCUUGAAAUUUAUUGAUUUGACUAAAUGUUACAGAUGCUUUUUCAAAAAGAAGGUGUUGUCUAUUGUUUAGAAAUAUACAUUCAUGUACCAGUAUAUUCAAGUAUUAUUAAAUCAUAAAUUGUUUUGAAAGUUCAUGAAAUUUUCAUUAUUGUUGGUAUAUUAGUGUUCAAAGUGUACCAGCAAUUGACUUUAGAGAUGUACAUGUAUUAAUGUGCCAUAUAUUUCUUUUUUUUGUCUAUAUGUAGUGUAUGCA